UGGAAGAUGGAAUUAUGUUAACGUUUAGCGUGAUUGUAGGUUGUUACUCGCAGUCGAUUUCAGUAAAGACGUUGUCCGUAAUACAUGCAAGACCUACGUGUGUCCGAUAGGUUCGGCCUGUGAGGGUUUAUUGCUAAGUUUAUCCGUCCUUAUCCACUGUCUGUUGGCUUAUUGUCCUCGACCUGCAACUGCCCAUACUUAAGUGACGUAUUAUCCCCUUCUCAUCACGCUUUGACUCGAUUGCCAGGUUUUGAUAUCAAGUGGUGGGAUUAUUGAUCCGAUCUGCGGCCUGUUUCUGAUACAAUUGUGCUCCAGUAUAUUGAAGAGCUUCGAUUUGUCGCUGGCUUCUUCUGUUGCUUCCGCUACGCAACCAUUACCGAUCGUUUGGAGCUCUGCAUCGACCACAUGGCGACUCUACAGCUUUUGACGCCGUUUGCAGGAUCGAAAGUCUUCGACAAGUCUGCGUCGGUUUCUAGUGUGCGAGGGUUACAGAGCCGGGAGGCGGUGCGCGUGUUGUGCUUGCGAAAAGAGGGUGGCGAAGGGCAAUCAAGUAGUGGUGAGAGUGAUGGUAGCCGGGAGGCUGUCAGCAUUUUGCAGUCCUCUAGAAAUCCUCUGCUCAAUCUUCCCCGCGAUGAAUUGAUGGCCGCGUUUUCUGGGAAAGACGACGUGCAUGGCGAUGGGGAUUCUGCAGUCGGCCCUCAUCUCCCAGCCUCGGGAGAGCGUCGCCGAUCGGGCCGGCAGGUGGUUUUCACUGCAGAGAAAGCUCGGCUCCUGCGGAAAGGAAACUGGGAAACGCAAACCUUUCAUGACAAAUGGUAUCAUUCUGCUAUCGCCAGUAAGUUGGCCUCGCCGGAGUAGCUAACCUGCCUGUAAUCUGCUAAAAUAGUCAUCUUGUAAAUAUGUUAGUUGGUGCUAUGGUGCUGCGAACAAGUUUACGCCACAAAGAUACACCAACAUCCAAAAGUUAUCUAAUGUACAUAUACCUCGGAGGGGAUUGCAAACUGCUGCGCCUGAAACUCUGAAUAUGUGGAUCCUGAAGCUCAGCGAUAACUUUCAAAUUUGUGAAAUGAAUUGUUUUAAACUGUAUAAAUGAUGCGCUACAAUCUGAUUUUGGACUUGAUUGAAAUCAAUAGGUGCCUAGGAACACUAGUGCAUGAGUUGGGGGGAGGUUGUGAAUACCACCUUCUUUGUGCAGUUUGUACAGAGUAUUGUACAGGUUAUCACAUUGUACACGAACCCAGUUGGUACUUGGUUCUUUCACUCAAAGUAAUCCGCGUUGUCUGCAUUGUGCUGAA